AUGACAGGAGAUGUCAGCCCAGGACCUGAGAGAGCCUUUCAUUUUUUUCGCCAGUAUUACGAUACAGUGAGGGCAGUAGAGAUCACUUGGCAACGUUGGGUGACGAUGCCAGAGGGUGUCAAAUAUCAGUUCGUCGGCGCCUGGGGCGCUUCUCACUAUCGGCUCAUGCUUGAGGGACCAGUAGGCCGAGCUUGGUUCCUAGCCGUCCACAAGGUCACACCUCUUCCGACAGGGCUGAUGGCGACAAAAGCAGGACCAUCUGCGCCCCUUCCAGCAAUAGAGAGAGAAAGACAGGCUCCAACACGUGGCAGAGGGAGACGUCGAGAGCCUAUCAUGCAUGAUGACAAUGAGACCAGUGAGAUCGAAGAGGCUGGCGAUCAGCACGAUGAGUCAUCCGAGAGCAGAGACGAUGAUACUGACUCAGAUUCCACUAGUGGAGAUGAUGUUGAGCCAAACUCUAAUGCAGAGGAUGACGACGACUCCAGUUCUAGUUCUGCAUUGGGUUCAGAUGGUGGUGCGGAUAGGGAUAGUUCUGCAUAG